ACACUUGAACUCGCUAGUGACGUCAUGUCAUCUCCCCUGCCGCGUUAAUCCGCGUGACGUCACGAGAUCCCGGAAAGCUGCUCGCCACUCAACUGAGAUCCGAGGCCCGGAAAAUACGUGACAAGGAUUCGGAGCCGUUUCCUGUUCAAGUUGGCGUGUGACAGGAAUUCCCUCUGGCCACAACCAUUACGCUGCAAGUUCCUCUGCCACUUUGCCGGACAGAAUUGGUCAUAUGGAGCGAAAACAAUCAGCGGGACAGAAACCAUUCAAGUGCACGGUGUGUGGGAAGGCGUUUGCACAACCAUCAUAUCUUCAGGUCCACCAGAGAACACACACGGGAGAGAAACCCUUCAAGUGCACUGUUUGUGGGAAGUCCUUUGCAUGGUCAUCAAAUCUUAAAACACACCAAAGAACACACACGGGAGAGAAACCCUUCAAGUGCACUGUGUGUGGGAAGGCAUUUGCGGAUUCAUCAGCUCUUACAAGACACCAGAGAAGACACACAGGAGAAAAACCCUUCAAGUGCAUUGUGUGUGGGACGGCAUUUGCAGAGUCAUCACCUCUUAAAAGACACCAGAGAAUACACACAGGAGAAAAACCCUUCAAGUGUACUUUGUGUGGGAAGGCGUUUGCACAUCCAUCAUAUAUUGAGGUCCACCUGAGAACACACACGGGAGAGAAACCCUUCAAGUGCACUGUGUGUGGGAAGGUGUUUGCAACGUCAUCACAUCUUAAAAUACACCAGAGAAGUCACACAGGAGAGACACCCUUCAAGUGCACUGUUUGUGGGAAGGCCUUUGCAAAGUCAUCCCAUCUUAAAACACAUCAGAGAAUACACACAGGAGAGACGCCCUUCAAGUGCACUGUUUGUUGGAAGGCCUUUGCAUGGUCAUCAAAGCUUAAAACACACCAGAGAACACAUAUGGGAGAGAAACCCUUCAAGUGCACUGUGUGUGGGAAGGAAUUUUCACUGUCAACAUAUCUUAAAAACCAUCAGCGAACACACGUAGGAGAAAAACCCUUAAAGUGCACUGUGUAUGGGGAGAACGGUUUUCGACAGUUAGGGGAUCGAAACAAGCAUCAAACCAUUCAUCAGGAAAUUUAUCUGAAAUCGGCUUGUGAAAGUCCAAGUGCUGCAAUGAGUCCAUCCCUCAUGAAACAAGAACCAGAAAUACAUUUGAGAUGUGAAACGUGGACAGGAGUGAAGGCGAAAUGUCAAGAAGUGAAAUUGAAAUUUGAAUCAGUGAAGGUGAAAAGUGAAGUGACGGUAAAGUCUGAAGAAGUGAUAGUGAAAUGUGAGGAUGAAGAUUCAACUCCAAAAUCCUACCUUCACGUCGAUCGAGGCAGCGUUAAGCUGGAGGAGACUGUGGACUCUGAGGCAGAGCGAGGCAACCCCCAGCAAUUUGUGGAUGUGGAGGUGUGGGUGGAUUUUUUAGGCAAUACUGAGUUAAAUGGAGACUAAGUAUAUGUGUAUCAUUGAGCUAAGAAAAACGAAGUUCCAUUCCAUUCACAGGCCUUUCCCAUAAUAGAGGUUUUUUGGGUUAGAUCGCGUAAACAGAACAUGCCAAUUCAUCACUAGUACAGCACACCGGUGUGUUGGAGAGCCAAGCCACAACAUUUACAAUCUGAGUGAUGUUUCGCCAGUCAUUACAACUAGCUUCAUCAGGCGACAGCCAGAUUUGUGCCUUUAUAAUUGCAAGCGUUUAACCUCCAAGUGGUCAAUAGAAAUAGCCUGAAGCUGGAGGAGGCUGCAGACUGAGAGUGAAAUGAAACCCAGCAGUUUGUGGAGGUGGACUUUUUGGAGGAUGCAGAGUAGGAGCGGCCAGCAUGUGUGGACUUGGAGGUUGGGUAGAUCUGUCAGCAGGAGUAGGAGACAAAAAGGCUCCACAGCAUUCAACGUGUUAUAAUAAUAUUUAUAUUAAUAAUUGGCGCUUGCAUAAAUGUGUUAUUUCUUUCUCGCUGUACGUAGCCAAUCUUGCUAAUCAAAGGUGAAAUGCUUCAGCAACUACAAGCGGCUUGUAUCAUAUUUAAUCUCAAUCGUUCGACGGCUAGCCCAAGUGGCAGCUGUCCUUUUGUGGUAGAAGGUGACUCAGUACUGACCUGCACGUGGACAUGAGCCUGCCAGUUUGGUGGAGCGAUGAUUGAUGUGUAACCCCAGUCGGGUCGUUUGUGGCUAAUCUUUCUAAUCUGGCAAAUUUUGACCCUGACACCAUGAAUGUUGAACAUCCACUGUUAAGCAGAUUUUUGGUCAAUAUUGCUGCAGUAAUCAUGAGGGCUGCUGGACAGAUGUGAACUUUGAAACUCUUUUAACAAAUAUCAACCGUGCUAUCACUUCUCGCAUUCUAAGAAUGCAUGCAGGUGUAGUCAUCCAUUCAGAGAUCAGUGUACAGUAAAUGCACUGUAAUGUGAUGCAGUUUAUUUCAAUUCAAUUAUUGAAUGUUGGCGAUGCGUCUCUUGGUAAUUUAGAGUUAUAAUUUUAACACAUGAUCUGAUUCUGAGCAUACACAGCAAAAGCUCUUAUCCAGCAUCCAUGGGGAAUCAAGGGUGGUGCCAGUUCAUCAAAUGUGCAGGUUGUCUGAGAGGUAUACUUUAUGGUUCAGCAAAAUUCUCAAAUGUAAAAACUUUUUUACGAAGAAAUUAAGCAUACAUUUUAACUGAUAUUCAAAAUAAUUUACUAUUUUACAGAGGUACUCACCAGUCAUUUGUACAGCAUUUUAAGUUUACUGUAGAGAAGCAGUGGUGCUGUUUAGAUUACAGUGUACAGUAGUGCAGUACUGUAUGUACAAGUACAGUGAAACAAUUAGGUUAGGCAGCCCACAACACGAUCACAAUGGCCGAUUGCAGAUUGCAAUUGCGACUCCAUUUGUGCCACCACUUAGCAACGUCAUGAAGCACGCUGCAAGAUGCCAGUAUUUUUCUCGAUAUGUGAAGUUAUAUUUAUAUUGCCGCUUGACAGAUGCCGGUUAAUAGAGCAUUCCGCAUGGUAAAGUACGUGAUAGCAGAGAUUUUGCUGUACGUGCCAUUUGGAAUAAAAUGGUCAUAAAUGGAAUGUCCUAAAUAGACGAACGUUUGUUUUGACAGUAACCUGUGCAGGACAUUUACGUGACUGCUGUUGUUCAUGUGAUACAGGAUCAAAGAUAUUUUUUGUAGCUUAGGAUCCAUAUCCCCCAACUCAAUGUUUGUCUUCGAAAUCACGAAUAUAGUACACACAAGGGAAACACUGAAAUGUUACAUAAAGGAGAUAUUUUCUCCACAACGCUAAUUAUGUUGUCUUUUCAUACCUAAUUAACGUGAUUAUUUGUC